AUGGCGUCUGGCGUGACCGACCCCUCGCGAGAGACCACGGCCACGGAUGAAGUGCCCCUUCACCACAUCGAUCUACCCGAUGAUUGGCGUGGGGAUCUGAAGAAACCACGUGAGGCGUGGUGCUCGACAUGCCUCUGGGACGGGGUCUGGGAUCAUCUGCUCAUCGACUCUGUGGCUGAUGAAGAGCGCUUCGGGCGCAUAUUCUCCAAAUCCAUACUCUCCGCGUCUGCAUCAGAGGGCAACUUGUGCUGCGCUGUUCUGUCCGAAUUCUUGCAGAAGGUGAACGGCGGCAAGUACGACUGGUUGAGGGGUACAUGGAGCUAUGAGAAGAACGCAUUUGUGAGAUUCGGGUUCGAGCAACGAAAUUGCGAGCCUGUUGGUGAAUCAAUAAAGAAGGUUAGAUUUUGGAAACUGCUCACAGCCGGAUCGGCACCAGCACCGCCAGGCAUAUGUGACUGGGGACUUGAUGAGCUCCCAUCACUUGACACUGGAUCGAGAAGGCUGCUUUACAUCCCACCAGAUCCGAUCGAAGGGAUCGUUCUGCGGCUGAGAUACAGUGUCCCUUCUGGCGCCCGCUACGUUGCUCUUAGUCACUGCUGGGGCAGCCGGGACAUGUGGCCUCGUUGUCUCACCACAAACGCGAACUACGAGUCUCAGCUUAAGUGUAUCCCAUGGGAUACCCUUCCCCAGACUUUCCGUGACACUAUAAUAUUUGCUAGGAAACUCGGACUGGAAUUCGUCUGGAUCGAUUCGAUGUGUAUAAUUCAAGGCGAUGAGAAAGACUGGCAGAGAGAAUCUACGCAAAUGUUCUCGGUAUACUCCAACGCGUUUAUCACGUUUGCCGCUUUGCAGGCGCAUGACAGCCAUGGUGGUCUGUUUUCCCAGCGGGCCCCGGGCUCGCUUGUCCCCUUGCUUACCCUCGGGUACCGGGGAAAGCAAUAUCAGGUCGAAGCGUUCAGUGUACCGGAUGAGCUUGAGGACUUCGAGGAUCAAAGUGAGGAUCGAAUGCCCGCUGAUCGGCCCCAUGCACUCUUGAAUAGAGCUUGGGCAUUUCAGGAACGGGUUGUGUCUGCCAGGGUUCUCUACUUUGGUAGAGAGGAGUUGAUAUGGGAGUGUCCAACCGGCCGUUCGUGUGAGGAAGACCAAUAUUCGCAUACUUCAUGGGGCGAGAUGGAUGUAUAUGGCACUCCGAAUAGACCCUACACCUUGAUGCAGAAAUACAGUACCAUCUCGAACACAACAAAGGAGAUGGCACUUCAGUGGCUCGAGUUCGUCAAACUUUAUAACGAUCUUCACUUGUCGGAACCGACCGACCGACUGCCCGCCAUUUCCGCCAUCGCUCAGCGUUUCGCACAAUGCAACCCAAACGACGAAUACCUCUGCGGACUAUGGAGAAAUUCUAUGCACCUGGGCUUGACGAUGACCUUCAAUCCGCACGAGAGCCUCACAAGCCCCCACAUGGGCCCUGGUCCUCCCGCCGCGGAGCGACCAAGAUAUAUCGCGCCAUCCUGGUCUUGGGCAUCCUGUCAAGGACGACUCUGGGGAGGCCAGGAGCUUGUGUCGCAUCUCGCCAAGAUAGUCAAAGUGUCUCUGCGAUACGUAGACAACAGCAGGUUCGGACGCAUCGCAUCAGGGUCGUCCAUCACCAUCAGGGGGCCGGUUCUCGACUGCGUCUGGGAUUUAAGAUUCCACUCAGAUGGAACCUUGCAGACUCGGCAGAGCCUUUCUAUCCCGUGCACGGCCAGCACGAAGUCAUUCGAGUUCCUCAGGGAAUAUGCUACUUACACCGACAUAAGGCCAGCGGAACAAGUCGAUGUGUGCCUGUUGUUCAUGGGGAUCGAGGAGACCGGGAAUUGUGCGGCGCUGAUUCUGCGUAGGUUUGGUGCGGGUGGCCCGUACUUCCGUGUGGGCAUCUUGUCCGGCUUCUACAGAAGGUCCGGGGGUAAAGCAGUGGGAGGGUGGCUCGCGAGAGCAUUCUUUGAACAAGGCUCUGUCCGGGAAUGUGUCAUCGAGUAG